UGUUUAUCUGUAUAGGGAGAGAAUCCUAGACUUUCUUUGUUCAAUCCAGUCCGUGUUCUUAUCCUGUUAGAACUGAAACAAAAUCUCUGCAAAUAAUGGCGAGCUGUUUGAGAAGAUAUGGAAGAAGACUAUCCGUUUCAAUUUGCGAGAAGCGGGAACUCUCCACAGCUUGUGAGGGUAAGGUUAUUCAACAACAACAACAACAACAACAACAACAAACUGCUAAAUUGUUGAACCUUUGUUCUGCCAUCAACCAAGCUCUCCAUCUCGCCUUAGAAACCGAUCCUCGUUCUUAUGUGUUUGGAGAAGAUGUGAGCUUUGGUGGGGUGUUUCGUUGCACAACUGGACUAACUGAACGAUUUGGCAAAAAUCGAGUCUUCAAUACUCCUCUUUGUGAGCAGGGCAUUGUUGGAUUUGGCAUUGGUCUGGCAGCAAUGGGGAACAGGGCCAUAGCAGAAAUUCAAUUUGCAGAUUAUAUCUAUCCUGCUUUUGAUCAGAUUGUUAAUGAAGCCGCAAAGUUCAGAUACCGGAGUGGGAAUCAAUAUGAUUGUGGAGGUUUAACCAUAAGAGCACCAUAUGGAGCUGUGGGCCAUGGUGGACAUUAUCACUCUCAAUCCCCUGAAGCUUUCUUUUGUCAUGUUCCUGGUAUCAAAGUGGUUAUCCCUCGAAGUCCACAGCAAGCAAAAGGAUUAUUAUUGUCAUGCAUACGGGAUCCAAACCCUGUUGUCUUUUUUGAACCAAAAUGGCUUUAUCGCUUGGCAGUAGAAGAGGUCCCUGAGCAUGAUUAUAUGUUGCCAUUGUCAGAGGCAGAGGUGAUCCGAGAAGGCAGUGACAUAACUCUUGUUGGUUGGGGAGCACAACUGUCUAUCAUGGAGCAGGCUUGUACUGAUGCCGAGAAGGAUGGAAUUUCUUGUGAACUGAUAGACCUCAAAACUUUAAUACCCUGGGAUAAAGAAACUGUGGAGACUUCAGUUAGAAAGACUGGAAGACUUCUUAUUAGUCAUGAAGCUCCAGUGACUGGAGGUUUUGGUGCUGAAAUCUCUGCAUCUAUUGUUGAACGUUGCUUCUUAAGGUUAGAAGCUCCUGUUGCUAGAGUUUGCGGUCUGGAUACGCCCUUCCCUCUUGUUUUUGAGCCAUUCUAUAUGCCCACCAAGAACAAAAUACUGGAUGCGAUCAAAUCAACUGUAAAUUACUAGAAUUUUAGCACUCUGUUCUAACUGCUAUGUUUAACAUAUGCCAUCAUCCAGAAGCAAUUACAUGAAUUAAUGCAAACAGGAGUUCCAAAAUUUGCGCCUGUAAAUGUGAAAAUAAGUAGCAAGCCAUUCAAGGCUGCAUGUUCAUCAUUCUCCUUGUAAACUUAUAAUGAAAUGGAAAAAGGUGAAUGGAGAAUGCAAUUUGUAUAUCUUGUCAUCUGAUAUUUCGAUUAAAGUAGUAUUUCUUUUUAUUUA